AUGGGCGCCGAGGCGACCCAGAUCGGCGCCUUCACCGCCGCGGCCGCCCACGCGCUCUGCCUCGCGGGCCUCGCCGUCGCCCACUCCCUCGCCGGCCCCAACGCGCUCGUCUCCGACCCCGCCCUCGCCCUCCGCCUCCUCGUGGUCUGUGAAGCCCCACUUGUCAUCGUGGUGUUCAGCUUGCUCCGGCGAGAUCCCAAACACUGCUCGUUCCUCAAGGCGGCUGCGCGUGGAUUGCUUGGCUUGCCCAUAGGGGCACUCCUAAAUGCAUUUGGUGCGGUUGUUCUUGGCGCUCCUGUUGGAAUCAAGUUCUGGACAGCAACAAUAUACUGGUCGCUUCUUAUGUCGCUGUUCACAUUUGUUCCCGCAGCAUGUGUCUUCGGAGCAUCCAAAGUCAAUUGGCAGAAUACGCUUUCUUAUUCCACUUAUUUCACUUCAUCUGAUGCUGUGGACUACAUGAUCUCUGUGCCAUCUCAUGGAGCUGUGAUAGGAGCAUGGCUUGGUGCUUGGCCUAUGCCCCUUGACUGGGAGAGACCUUGGCAGGAAUGGCCAAUAUGUGUCACUUAUGGUGCAAUUGCUGGGCAUUUGAUUGGCAUGGUACUAUCGCUGAUCCUGAUAGUUGCUCACAGGAGAAGAGUUCGUGUCAAAGCUGACUAGCAUUUUUGGAUAAUGAAUGGCCCUCUUUUCCUUAUCUUCCAGGAAAGAUUUAUCCAAAUCAUAGUGUACAGUCAUCUUCUAAAAAAUCUAGACUUGUUCAGUAGCUUUCCUGGUGAGGGAAGUACUUACGGCUUCCAAGUUCUUUCGUCGUUGUAACGAAAAUGAUUGUCAUUUAGUUUUUUCUAGAGAGGAAAGAGGGUGUUUGAUAUAUUUUCAACUUUACAAUCCUAGCUAGCUUUGUUCUUUUUACUCGGUAAAAUUUCCGAUCCUUAUUGUACCAAUCAGCACAUCACAUAUUUUCCUCCUAUGUUUGCUAUACAUUGGACUGAUCUAUACAGAAACUUGUCU